AACUUAUAAUGGAAACUUCACCUCUUGAAUUACCAGCUGACACAGUGCGACGCAUUGCAUCUGAACUUAGAUGUCACCCAACAGAUGAGAGGGUCGCCCUCCGCCUUGAUGAGGAAGAUAAGCUGAGGCACUUCAGGGAGUGUUUUUAUAUUCCCAAAAUGCAGGAUCUGCCUCCAAUUGAUUUAUCCUUAGUGAAUAAGGAUAAAGAAGCCAUCUAUUUCUUGGGAAAUUCCCUUGGCCUUCAACCAAAAAUGGUUAAAACAUAUCUGGAAGAAGAACUAGAUAAGUGGGCCAAAAUGGGAGCCUAUGGUCAUGACGUAGGGAAACGUCCUUGGAUUAUAGGAGAUGAGACUCUUUUGGGACUUAUGACUGACAUUGUAGGAGCCAAUGAGAAAGAAAUAGCUCUAAUGAAUGGUUUGACUGUUAAUUUACAUCUUCUACUGUUAUCGUUUUUCAAGCCUACACCCAAACGGUAUAAAAUUCUCCUAGAAGCUAAAGCCUUCCCUUCAGAUCAUUAUGCUAUUGAGUCACAGCUUCAACUUCAUGGACUUAACAUUGAGAAAAGUAUGCGGAUUAUAAAGCCAAGAGAGGGGGAAGAAACAUUAAGAUUAGAGGAUAUCCUUGAAGUAAUUGAGAACGAAGGUGACUCUAUUGCAGUGAUCCUGUUCAGUGGUCUGCAUUUUUAUACUGGCCAGCUCUUUAAUAUACCUGCCAUCACAAAAGCUGGACAAGCAAAGGGUUGUUUUGUUGGCUUUGAUCUAGCACAUGCAGUUGGAAAUGUUGAGCUUCACUUACAUGACUGGGGAGUUGAUUUUGCCUGCUGGUGCUCCUACAAGUAUUUAAAUACAGGAGCAGGAGGUCUUGCUGGUGCCUUUGUCCAUGAAAAGCAUGCCUACACAAUUAAACCUGCGUUAGUGGGAUGGUUUGGCCAUGAACUAAGCACCAGAUUUAAGAUGGAUAACAAACUGCAGUUAAUCCCUGGGGUCAGUGGAUUCCGAAUUUCAAAUCCUCCCAUUCUGUUGGUCUGUUCCUUACAUGCUAGUUUAGAGAUCUUUAGGCAAGCAACUAUGAAAGCAUUGAGGAGAAAAUCUAUUUUGCUAACUGGUUAUCUGGAAUACAUGAUCAAGCACUACCUCGGCCAGGAUAAAGGGGAAACAAAGAAAACAGUUGUAAACAUUAUUACUCCAUCCCGUAUAGAGGAUCGCGGCUGCCAGCUCACCCUAACAUUUUCUAUUCCAAUAAAAUAUGUUUUCCAAGAACUAGAAAAAAGAGGAGUGGUUUGUGACAAGCGGGAUCCAAAUGGCAUUCGAGUGGCUCCAGUUCCUCUCUACAAUUCUUUCCAUGAUGUUUAUAAAUUUAUCAGUCUGCUCAUUUCUGCACUUGACUCUGCGGAAACAAAAAAUAGUGGUGUUUUCCAUAGCGACUUAAGCAAAUAAUAUGGAAAGCCUGUGGUUAUUUUAUUACUAUUAUUCAAGUUUUAAUUAUUGAAAGUAUUUCAAAAUUGAUUACACAUAACCGGCAAUGAAUUGUAUACUUUACAGAAAAACAUGACAAUUUUUCUAACGGUCUGUAGUCUUGAGAUAUCUACAUGGCUGUCCAAUUUCUUGAUGUUUGGUGGACUGAAGUCUUUAUUGGUGCAAGUAUUAUGCACACAGUCUUGGUUAGCUAUCAUAUUUCAUGGUUAAUGAAAUGUUUUUUGCUGGUUUAAUUUAUAAUUUGACUGACAACUUCAUCAUAUAUUUGGAAAUUUUUGUGUCAAUUUUAGAAAUAUUGCUUUAAUUUUAAUUUAUGAAAGUUUCUUAUAGGCACUAUAGUUGAACAGUCUGAUGUAUAUAUGCUUUUUACAAUGUUCCAUCUAACUCUAACCUCCAACCUAAGGAAGAGAAAAUACAUUUUCUAGAGGAAUGGCUUUCAAAUAUUUUGGUCACAAUCCACACUAAGGAAUACAUUUAAUAUCAGAGUAUAAUUUGUGUGCAUGCCUUAUUUCAUUGAUUCUAAUACACAACUUUUUAUCAUAUUUUAACAUCUGGUAAAGAAGAAAUGCCUUUGAAUUUACAUUCAACAGCUUCAUACAAUUGCCAUUAGCCAUUCUUUCAUGUUACCAUCCCUGACAUUACCAUGAUUCUCAUAGUGAGUAGAUAUCAUUCUAGA